UUAGCACUACCAAAAACUAUAUCUCCUCCACCAGUUAAAUUGAAAUGCAUGCAUUUCUUUUUAGGAAUAAAAAAGUUUUAUGGAAAAAAAAUACAGAAACAGAAUUAGGUACACAUACACAGUGAAUACUGUUUUUGAUAUAUAGUAAUAGUAUAUCAAAUAGUAAUCUGACAUCAUUAACGUGUUUUAAUGUAAUGACAUUGCAUAAAAUAUUCACCUUUUUGCAUUUUUUCCAAAAUUCCAAUAAAGAGUUUAUUAAUGCAUUUGAGUAUUUAAAGUUAGUUUUAAAAUUUUGUUUUUAUUAUUCACUAUUUGCACCAUGAGCUUAAAUAAUUUAGUUUUUAUAAUAUGUAGUUUUUUUUAAUGAUUUUUUUUUUUUAUGCGACACAAUCAAUUGUUUUAGUUUAUUUAUUUUAUCAAGGUGGAACAUACUGACAUGGCAUAUACAGUCAACUUGGUAUUGUAGUUUAUUCUGCAUUCAUUAAUCUAUAUUUAAAAAAUUGUUGCAUAAAAUAUUUUUGACUUUUUUUUUUAACUCAACAAAAAAGAAACAUUGACUUAAAUACAUUUUUUCAUUUAUUAAAAAAAAAUGCACCCAGAAACUUUUUUUUUUAAAUUCAUCAAGGACACAUACUGGCAGGCCAUAGAUUGUAUUUGCCACAACUUUAGGCACACCUGAACAAUCAAUUUAGUAUCAUAGGAAAUUAAUACAAUAUUUUUACCUUUUACCAUUUUCAAUAAAUUUCUGAAAAAGCUUGAACUUAAAUGAAUUUUUCAUUACUAGUAAUGAUUUUUUUUAAAUAUAACAUUAGUUGCACAAUAAUCUUAAAAAAAAUUAAUUUAUUAUUAUUAUUAUUUUUUAUCUUAUCAAGAAGGAAUCCACUGAGAGGCGUCGCUCUGCAUGCAGCACUAAACAGCCCUCGCACCUCCCCCACACAACGAUGCGUCAUCCAGGGGGUGUAUCCUAACAGAAACCCCCCGUCCAGAUGGAGCUGCUGCGGCUUUGAGAGCUCAGGAAGAGGAAGAGGAAGGACGCACUGCAGAGGCGGCACUGCCAUGGGGAACGCACAGCAGAAACCACCCGGCAGCGGGGGAGGGGGAUCCGGACCGGGGGCAAUGGGGAACGGGAGCAGAUUCAAGGAGGUAGCCAACGAGAAUGCUGAAAGGAUCUCCCCCGGGGGGCUGGAGGGGCCCCAAUGCCCCGCGGUGGAUCAAAGUUAUCUGGACGCCCCGGCUGGGGGUCUCCCUCCCCACCUGGCCCGCAUCAAGAACGAGGGCAACUACCUCUUCAAGCAAGGACAGUUUGGCGACGCCCUGGACAAGUACACCAAGGCCAUUGACGGCUGUGCUCAAGCAGGGAACAAACAGGUGGUCUAUCUCGCAGGCAUCAGCAACCCAGAAGACUUGUGCGUUCUGUACACCAACCGGGCCGCUUGCUACCUAAAGGACGGCAACAGCGCCGACUGCAUCGAGGACUGCACCAAGGCCCUGCAGCUACAGCCGUACCACCUGAAGGCCUUGCUGCGCAGAGCCAUGGCCUAUGAGUCACUGGAGCGCUACCGAAGGGCGUACGCGGAUUACAAAACCGUCCUGCAGAUGGACACCGGCGUGCAGGCGGCGCACGACAGCGUCCACAGGAUCACCAGGAUGCUCAUCGAGCAGGACGGGCCCGAGUGGCGGGAGAAACUUCCGGAGAUUCCCGCCGUGCCGCUGUCGGUGCAGCGGGAACACCGCGAGAAACCUGUAAGCGUCCAGCAGGCCCGAGCGAGAGCGGCCCGGGCCUUGUGCGAGGAAGCCAGGCGAAAAGAGUACCGCUUCAAUGCGCUGAAACAUGAAGGCAACCAGCUGGUGAAGAAGAAUCACUUUCAGGAUGCUCUGCACAAGUACAGCGAAUGCCUCGCCUUAAAACCAGACGAAUGUGGCCUCUACACAAACAGGGCCAUCUGCCUGCUGGAGCUGAACCGCUUCCAGGAAGCCAAGCAGGACUGCGACGCCGCUCUCCACCUGGAGCCCGGCAACAAGAAAGCCUUCUACAGACGAGCGCUGGCCCACAAGGGUCUGAAGAACUACCUGUUGGCCAGCGGCGACCUGGAGGAGGUCCUCCGGCUGGACCCAAACGUCGGGGAGGCUGAGCGGGAGCUGCUGGAGGUGACCGCCCUGCUGAGACGAAGCCUCAUGGACGAUACGGCGCACACGUAGAGUGAUGUGAUGACAAGGUGCAAGCUUCUCUCUGAAGAGUGAAAACCUCACUGGCUGUCGAGUCGUGACUGUAAAUUGUAGAGAGGAGCGGAGUGUCGUCAAUGUGAGGUGGAGUGUGCCUUACUGAGAUUUACACCAUUGUUGUGAUGCGAUACGGCAAGUUCAACUGCAAUCUACUUUUGUGAAAUCUCAGAAGGGGAAUUUUCUGGAGAAACGUACCUCAGAAGUGAAACCACCAUCUUGAGCCAAAUCUUGUGAGACAUUUAACUCAAUGAGCCUCUAAAAGGAUUCAUUUUCAUUUUUUUUCGUUACCUUUUUUGUGGCCUCACCAAAGUAGUACAACAGUGAUGGCAAAUUUUGCUUUUUAUCUUUUCUUUUUUUUUUUUGACGCCACCCCAGAAUACACUUUACAUGACUUCCUCAUGCCUUCCCAACAGGGAUCAUAUUGGGUGUUUCACUUUGGAGGUUCCACUGUAAAGUGCAUGUUUGCUAUGCAGUUUUAUUCUACUUGUGUUGUAACCUAUUUUAAAUAUACAUUAUUGUAUCAAAAAUGGCGGAUGACUGGUUAGAACAUCUGCCUCUCAGUUCUGAGGAUCUGGGUUGAAAUCCGGAGUUUGCAUGUUCUCCCCGUGCCUGCGUGGGUUCUCUCCGGGCACUCCGGUUUCCUGCCGCAUUCCAAAACAUGCAUGCUAGGUUAAUUGAAGACUUUAAAUUGCCCGUAGGUGUGAAUGAUUGUUUGUUUAUAUGUGCGCUGUGAUUGGCCCGCCUCUCGCCUUCACUUAGCUGGGAUAGGCUCCAAGCACACCCACGACCCUAGUGAGGAUAAGCAGUAUAGAAAAUGGAUGGGUGGAUAUAUUGAAAACAUCAUUUUAUUAGCUAGCCAACGAGCUGUAAAUUUUGUUUUCGUUAAUGUCCCCAAUGUGCUGCAUGUAUUUUAUGUAAAUAGCACAAGUGUACAUAUUAAAAAAACGUGAGACUUGA